GCAGUGCAGACAAAGAGCGGCAUCUGGCGGGCGCAGCGCGGCCGCAGCCCCGGGACUUGCGCUGCUGCCCUCCGGCCUCGGCGUGCACUGUGCAGCGAGAUCCCACAGGUUCUACUCCUACAGUGUCAUCCCAGCUGGCUUAAGAGCUUGGAGGAUCACUGUAGCUCUGUCACAUUUAAGGUGUCCUCAGACAGCAGAAUACAUCAUCUUUUUGAAGAGUGCUACAAUUUUUCCAGUCACCUCUUAUAACUGCAUGCCAAAGGAUUUAUUUUUUUAGAACACCAGCAAAACUCUGCUUCCAAGUGAAGAAUAGUAAAUGAAGCCGUGGGUUUGUGGAAAGCGCCUUCUGGUGAAUUUGCACCCCAGAUCUUCUGCUUUCUAACUUGUGAACUUAGAAGGACUCCAUGAAAGAUGACAGAAGAAGUCAUUGUCAUAGCCAAGUGGGACUAUACUGCCCAGCAGGACCAGGAGCUCGACAUCAAGAAGAAUGACCGGUUGUGGCUGCUGGAUGACUCCAAGACUUGGUGGCGGGUGAGAAAUGCAGCCAACAGGACAGGCUAUGUGCCUUCCAACUACGUGGAGCGUAAGAACAGCCUGAAGAAGGGCUCCCUGGUGAAGAAUCUCAAGGACACGCUAGGCGGGGACAGUGGCCUCCUGGCAUGACCCUCCUGCGGGAACAGAAGCCGAGCCUGGCCACCAUGGAUCGCUGGGCUGUGCGCCGGGUCCUGGCUUCUGGCUGUGAGCUGGUGAAACAGGAAGGGAAUUCACAGGCCAGUAAACUGAAUCCUGUUCCUUAAAGACACAGGCUGGGCUGAGAAAAGACAAAGACCUGGUAGAGUUUACAGAGUUCUGGGCUGGCACUUUCCCAAGGAACAUUAAUGAUCAAGUUGCAGCUGGCUGGGGUCAAAGGCUGUGGGAUGGGCGGGGCUAGGUCCCAGGGUAACUUGAUUUUUUGUUUGUUUGUUUGUUUGUUUUUUAAUUUUGUUAAUUUCUGUAGUAGUUUUUUUAAUUGCUUUACUUUAGAUGCUUAGUGUUUCAAUUACUGUGCAGUAAAGGGACUUUUCCCCAAUCUCUUUGGUAUUUUGCAUGCUUUUACAUUAACUCUGGCUAUAUAUUUAUAAUAACUCUGGCUAUUCUUACACAGGCACCUUCUUUAGUUUAGGACAUUUUCAUUUAGGAUUUUAUUGGAAAUGUUUUCUAGAUAUUUAUGCUGAUUGAUCUUCUUCACUCUCGCCCUCACCUUCUCCUUCUGAGGUUUUCCUUGUGGGUGUGCAGCUUGAAUGCUUCUCUGUGUCCUGCUCUGAGCUCGGCUGUUGUGUGUUGUGAGGGGACCUCAGGGAAAUGCUGAAAUCAAGACAUGGCAAAAGCCACGCUGCACCUGCGAAUCCAUUUCCUGUGGCUGCAAAUGCGAGUUCGCUGCAGGACGCCAACAUGGACGCCGACCUCGACAGCAUCUUGUGCUGGUUCUGGACAGCAGAGGGUUCCUUAAACACAAAAACAAAAUACCAGCGAAGGCUGAAGUGCAGCCUGUCUGCCGUCUUCCAUUCAGCCAUCAUGUUGCAAGAUGUCGGUGAGGCCAUUCAGUUCGAAGUCAGCAUCAGGAACUAUGGCAACAAGUUUGAUGCAACCUGUAACCCUUUGGCAUCAACAACUCAAUACAGCCGUGCAGUGUUUGAUGGGAACUACUAUUACUACUUACCUUGGGCCCACACAAAGCCCAUCGUCACCCUGACUUCCUACUGGGAGGAUAUUAGUUACUGCCUGGACGCAGUGAAUACUCUCCUAGGCAUGGCAGAAUGGCUGCAAAUACAGGUGAGACAGAAGUGGUCUUUGUCCCAACAUUUGGACCUUGUUGUUUGAACCUUUACAGAAGUCCCAGAGAGUACACAGGAUUUCCAGAUCCCUAUGAUGAGCUGAAUACAGGAAAGAUUGGUUUAUCAUUUGCGGCUGUGAUUAAUGGACACUGGUGAAUGGGAUCCCUUCUUACAAAAGUAAUAAGUAUCUCAUGGGAGAGGCAUUUACAUUCUUCACUCCUAAUGCAGACCUGCCACUCAGCUGAUAAAGUGUUAAAGGAGAGAAUUCUUACUCUUCUUACAUCUUAGAAAUAAAGACUACAAAAAGGAUCAGAAGACCAGGCACCUUUAAUCUCAGCACUCAGGAGGAGGAGGAGGCAGGUAGAUCUCUGUGAGCUUGAAGGCAGCCUGGUCUUUACAGUGAGUUCUUGGUCAGCCAGAGCUACAUAACAAGAUCCUAUAUGAGAGAGAGAGAGAGAGAGAGA